AUGGCGCGCAUCGUGGCGGGCUCUCAGAUCACGGACGCCGAGUACAUGCGGGACAUCAGCCUAGGCACGACUAUCAUCGCAGUCACAUUUGACGGCGGCGUCGUGCUCGGCGCUGACUCGCGAACGAGCAGCGGCACGUACAUUGCCAACCGCGUUCAGGACAAGAUCACGCCGCUUCUGGACAAUGUAUACCUGUGCCGCAGCGGCAGCGCGAGUGACACGCAGGCAAUUGCUUCGUACGUGCAGUACUACCUCGCACAGCACCAGGCCGAGCUUGGUGGCCCUGUGCGUGUGGAGACCGCGGCCAAGCUGGCCAUGCAGAUGGCCUACGGGAACAAAAACAUGCUGCAGGCCGGCCUCAUCAUUGCGGGCCACGACUCGUCCGGCGGCAGCGUGUGGGCGAUCCCCCUGGGCGGCACGCUGCUCAAGGUGCCCUACGCUAUUGGCGGCAGCGGCAGCGCGUACAUCACGGGCUGGUGCGACAAGAAUUGGCGCGCGGGCUUCACGCGGGAGCAGGCGCGCGAGUUUGUGCGCGCCGCGCUGCGGCACGCGAUGGCGCGCGACAGCAGCAGCGGCGGUUGCGUGCGGACGGUCGUGAUCGAUUCCAACGGUGCCGACCGCGAGUUCAUCCCCAACACCAAGCUGCCGCCCACAUACGGCGAGCUGGCGGCGCCAGCAUGA